UAUAAACACACAAGGGCAGACAUAACACCAACACUCAUCGGGGGUGAGGUUAACAUUAGGAAGGGUCAAAACCCAAAAGCGACAGAGAAUUAUGAGCAACAGGAUGAAAUAUUAUCACAUGGUUGGAUCACGUACAUCAGCAGGACGGAGUGUAGCAGGAUGUGUCAGGAGAUACAGGACAGCGGGAUGUGUGAGGAGAUAUAGGACAGCAAGAUGUGUCAGGAGAUAGAGGGCAGUGGGAUGUGUCAGAAGAUAGAGGGUAGUGGGAUGUGUCAGAAGAUGGAGGGCAGCAGGAUGUGUCGGGAGAUAGAGGGUAGCGGGAUGUGUCAGAAGAUAGAGGGUAGUGGGAUGUGUCACGAGAUAGAGGGCAGUGGGGAGUGUCAGGAGAUAGAGGGUAGCGAGAUGUGUCAGGAGAUAGAGGGUAGCGAGAUGUGUCAGGAGAUAGAGGGUAGCGAGAUGUGUCAGGAGAUACAGGACAGCAGGGUGUGUCAGAAGAUGGAGGGUAGCGGGAUGUGUCGGGAGAUAGAGGGUAGCGGGAUGUGUCGGGAGAUAGAGGGUAGUGGGAUGUGUCAGAAGAUGGAGGGCAGCAGGAUGUGUCGGGAGAUAGAGGGUAGCGGGAUGUGUCAGAAGAUAGAGGGUAGUGGGAUGUGUCACGAGAUAGAGGGCAGUGGGGAGUGUCGGGAGAUAGAGGGUAGCGAGAUGUGUCAGGAGAUACAGGACAGCAGGGUGUGUCAGAAGAUGGAGGGUAGCGGGAUGUGUCGGGAGAUAGAGGGUAGCGGGAUGUGUCAGAAGAUAGAGGGCAGUGAGAUGUGUCAGGAGAUAGAGGGUAGUGGGAUGUGUCAGGAGAUAGAGGGUAGCGGGAUGUGUCAGAAGAUAGAGGGCAGUGAGAUGUGUCAGAAGAUAGAGGGUAGUGGGAUGUGUCAGGAGAUAGAGGGUAGCGAGAUGUGUCAGAAGAUGGAGGGUAGCGGGAUGUGUCGGGAGAUAGAGGGUAGCGAGAUGUGUCAGAAGAUAGAGGGAAGCGGGAUGUAUCAAGAGAGAGGGUAGUGGAACAUGUCAGGAGAUAGAGGGAAGCGGGAUGUGUCAGGGUAUAGAGGGUAGCGGGAUGUGUCAGAAGACAGAGAGCAGCGGGAUGUGUCAGGAUACAGAGGGCACUGGGAUGUUCCAACAAAGCCGCAGUCGUGGACAUAAAUCCGCUCCAAAGCUAUGAAAGAAUACAAUAAAUUAUCCAGAAUACAGUAUUAACAUUGGUCUUAAUAAACUGC